UAGCUGCGUGGGCUGAGGGUCACAGGCACGUGCACUUCCGUUUCCGGUGUGCCCUGCCGCCAUGGCUACCGCUAGGGAGCUGAGGUUUCUACGGACGUUCUGCAGGUCGUGUCGCGACCUUCAAGGACCCCAGUCCAGAGCAUUCUCCGCCCUUGUGCCCGGUGUGUCCCAGGUAGACAACAGCUCCGAUUUCCUGGGGAAGAAGCCCCACCGCAAGCAUCCCGGCAUCCUGCACCUUCCGCACGUGCGGCUGCCGCAAGCGCUGGCCAACGCCGCGCAGUUGUUGCUUCUCGAGAGACCCGUGCGCGGCAUAGAGAAGCAGGUGGAAGCACUCACCAACUACCUCUGGAGCCGACAUUUGCCAGUAGAGCCGGAGGAGUUGCAAAGACGGGCCGCGAAUCUUGAGAAAAAAUUCCUGGAAACCCAAGACGCAACGCAGACAGAGGAAAAACUUCGUGAGGCGGUACUGCGUGCCCUGCGCAAAACUACCUACCACUGGCAGGAGCUCAGCUACAAUGAAGAACUGAGUCUGUUAUAUAUGGCAGCAAGACUGGAUGGUGGUUUUGCAGCAGUAUUAAGGGCGUUCCAUGAGAUCAAGGCUCGAGUUCCGGAGUUCAAGCCGCAAACAUUGAUGGACUUUGGAUCUGGCACUGGUUCUGUCACCUGGGCUGCUCACAGUACUUGGGGCCAGAGCCUCCGGGAAUAUAUGUGUGUAGACAGCUCAGCCGCCAUGUUGGGUUUGGCUGAAAAGCUACUAAAAGGUGGUUCAGAAUCAGGGAAGCCCUGUAUCCCAGGUGUCUUUUUCAGACAGUUUCUUCCUGUGUCACCAAAGGUCCAGUUUGAUGUUACAGUGGCAGCCUUCGCCCUCAGUGAACUACCCAGCAGGGCUGAUCGCCUUGAGGUAGUGCAGAAUUUGUGGCGUAAGACAAGCCAUUUUAUGGUGCUGGUGGAGAAUGGAACAAAAGCUGGACACCGACUUCUCAUGGAUGUUAGGAACCUGGUCCUCCGGGAAAAAGAGAAGUCACCUUUGGACCUGGAGCCCAGCUUUGUCUUUGCCCCAUGUCCCCAUGAGCUUCCUUGUCCUCAGCUGAGCGACUCCAAGCCCCUGGCCUGUAGCUUCUCCCAGGCGUAUCACCCGAUCCCCUUCAGCUGGAAUAAGAAGCCUAAGGAGGAAAUGUUCUCUAUGGUGAUCCUUGCCAAAGGGUCUCCAAAGGAGGCUCACCACUGGCCCCGAAUCACUCAGCCUGUCCUUAGACGGCCUCGGCACGUGCACUGUCACCUCUGUUGCCCAGACGGGCACAUGCAGCAUGCUGUGGUCACAGCCCGUCGACACGGCAGGGAUUUGUACCGCUGUGCCCGAGUCAGCUCCUGGGGAGACCUUUUACCAGUGAUCACUUCCUCUGAGUCUCCUCCAUCCCCUGCUGAAGAGCCCCCUGAGAGUUGACAAGGGCGUAUACUAAGAGUUCCCUCCCAUCACAGCUGCCAAGGCGAAAGCUGCCCCAUGUCCGGGAAGAGAGUGCUGGUACCCCUGUGCUUGUGUUUGUUUGAAAUUUUAAUAAUAAAUUUUUUUAAGAACAGA